CAGUCCGAGUCAGUGUCAUUCAAAGAGGCGGACUGCCGAGUGCUGGGCGCGGGCGCGCGGUUGCAGUCCUGCUCGGGCGCCGGUGCCUGCGCUCGCGCCGCCGGGUGGGAAGGAUGAAGCCUCAGCUGGAGCAGCCACCCUAUGAUUGGCUGUGGCGCUUGUGAACCCGAAGUAAAGAUGGCGGGCGGGCAGGCAGCCGCCGCACUGCCCACUUGGAAGAUGGCGGCUCGCCGCAGUCUCAGUGCCCGCGGUCGGGGGGUCCUGCAGGCAGCUGCGGGCCGGCUGCUGCCGCUGCUACUGCUGAGCUGCUGCUGCGGCGCGGGCGGCUGCACAGCGGCCGGCGAGAACGAGGAGACCGUGAUCAUCGGGCUGCGGCUGGAGGACACGAACGACGUGUCGUUCAUGGAAGGGGGUGCGCUGCGGGUGAGCGAGCGGACCCGGGUCAAGCUGCGGGUGUACGGGCAGAACAUCAACAACGAGACAUGGUCCCGCAUCGCCUUCACUGAGCACGAGCGGCGCCGGCACACACCCGGCGAGCGCGGGCUGGGGGGCCCCGCGCCUCCGGAGCCGGACAGCGGCCCCCAGCGCUGCGGCAUCCGCACCUCAGACAUCAUCAUCUUGCCCCACAUCAUUCUCAAUCGCCGCACAUCGGGCAUCAUCGAGAUCGAGAUCAAACCGCUGCGCAAGAUGGAGAAGAGCAAGGCUUAUUACCUGUGCACGUCUCUCUCCACGCCCGCACUGGGCGCCGGCGGCUCCGGGUCCGCGAGUGGCGCCGUCGGGGGCAAGGGUGGCGCGGGGGUGGCGGGACUCCCGCCUCCCCCAUGGGCCGAGACCACCUGGAUUUACCACGACGGUGAGGACACCAAGAUGAUCGUGGGCGAGGAGAAGAAGUUCCUGCUGCCCUUCUGGCUGCAAGUGAUCUUCAUCUCGCUGCUGCUGUGCCUGUCAGGCAUGUUCAGCGGCCUCAACCUGGGGCUCAUGGCUCUGGACCCGAUGGAGCUGCGCAUCGUGCAAAACUGCGGCACCGAGAAGGAGAAGAAUUAUGCCAAGCGCAUCGAGCCGGUGCGCAGGCAGGGCAACUACCUGCUGUGCUCGCUGCUGCUGGGCAACGUGCUGGUCAACACCACGCUCACCAUCCUGCUCGACGACAUUGCGGGCUCAGGCCUUGUGGCGGUGGUGGUCUCCACCAUUGGCAUCGUCAUCUUCGGGGAAAUAGUGCCCCAAGCCAUCUGCUCCCGACACGGCCUGGCAGUAGGGGCCAACACCAUCUUCCUCACCAAGUUUUUCAUGAUGAUGACCUUCCCUGCUUCUUACCCGGUUAGCAAACUGCUGGACUGCGUCCUGGGCCAGGAGAUAGGCACUGUCUAUAACCGGGAAAAACUGCUGGAGAUGCUCCGGGUCACUGACCCCUAUAACGACCUCGUUAAGGAGGAACUGAACAUCAUCCAAGGGGCGCUGGAACUCCGCACCAAGACUGUAGAGGACGUGAUGACUCCCCUCCGGGACUGCUUCAUGAUCACCGGCGAGGCUAUCCUGGACUUCAACACCAUGUCCGAAAUCAUGGAGAGUGGCUACACUCGAAUCCCAGUGUUCGAAGGAGAGCGGUCCAACAUCGUGGACCUGCUCUUUGUCAAAGACUUGGCCUUCGUGGAUCCAGAUGACUGUACUCCCUUGAAAACCAUCACCAAAUUUUACAACCACCCCUUGCACUUUGUUUUCAAUGACACCAAGUUGGACGCUAUGCUGGAAGAAUUUAAGAAAGGUAAAUCCCACCUGGCCAUUGUGCAGCGUGUGAACAAUGAGGGUGAAGGGGACCCGUUUUAUGAAGUCCUGGGGAUUGUCACCUUGGAAGAUGUGAUUGAAGAAAUCAUCAAGUCCGAGAUCUUGGAUGAGACAGACCUGUACACUGAUAACAGAACAAAAAAGAAGGUGGCCCACCGUGAGAGAAAGCAAGACUUCUCUGCCUUUAAGCAGACGGACAGCGAGAUGAAGGUUAAAAUAUCACCACAGCUUCUCCUGGCCAUGCACCGUUUCCUAGCAACAGAAGUAGAAGCGUUUAGCCCAUCCCAGAUGUCAGAGAAGAUCCUCCUCAGGCUGCUAAAGCACCCCAAUGUCAUCCAGGAGCUGAAGUAUGAUGAGAAGAACAAGAAAGCCCCCGAGUGCUACCUCUACCAGCGCAACAAACCUGUAGACUACUUCGUUCUCAUUCUGCAGGGGAAGGUGGAAGUGGAGGCUGGGAAGGAAGGGAUGAAGUUUGAAGCGAGUGCUUUCUCAUACUAUGGUGUAAUGGCCCUCACAGCCUCUCCAGUUCCUUUGUCCCUGUCUCGGACCUUUGUUGUCAGCAGGACAGAGGUGUUAACGGCAGGCUCUCCAGGUGAAAAUAAGUCACCUCCUCGCCCCUGUGGCCUGAACCACUCAGACUCCCUCAGUCGAAGCGACCGGAUUGACGCCACAACACCGACCUUGGGGAGCAGCAACCACCAGCUCAAUUCCUCCUUCCUGCAGGUCUACAUCCCGGACUACUCAGUACGAGCCCUCUCCGACCUACAGUUCGUCAAGAUCUCCAGACAGCAAUACCAAAAUGCCUUGAUGGCAUCCCGGAUGGACAAAACCCCUCAGUCUUCAGACAGUGAAAACACUAAAAUUGAAUUGACUCUUACGGAGCUGCAUGAUGGGCUGCCAGACGAGACGGCCAACUUGCUCAAUGAACAGAACUGUGUGUCGCACAACAAGGCCAACCACAACCUGCACAGUGAAGGCGCCAUCUAGGGCUGCGCGGGCCCCUCGUCCGUCUGUCCGUCCGGCCUCCUGGCCUGUCUGACCAUGACUUCCCACAGUGUGAGCUUGUCCGCCAUGCUGCGUCCUACAGCAUUGAGACCAAAGACUUUGCCCCUUUCCCUGGAGGCCGCAGAGGAUGGCAAGCUGUGAGGACGGCAUGGGGCGGGUGGAGACCAGACUCGACAGCUGGGGCAUGGCUUUCAAGAAUUCGGAGACAGACUUCUUCUGCCCAAAUAGAAUCAUGUUUAUUUUUUCAGUACCUUUUAUCAUUUCUUUCCUCCCUCAAUUUGCAUGAAUUUAAAAAUUGUUUCGUUUAUUUUUUUCAAGAGAUCAUGUUUUUGUUUUUAAGUGUCUUUUGCAGAGUUCUAAGUUGGUCUGUCUGAACUAACUCUGCUGUGACCCCAUGAUGUAACCCUAACAGGAUGGACUUGCCUGAGUGGCCUUCCUCGGCUGUCCCCAGGAAGGAUACCUUUCCUCUGUGUGCCGGUGGGUGUCGCUGUCGAACUUGAUGGAUGGAUGAAGAGAACCACGUCACUGAGGACCAUGCCAAGUCUGUUGUCACUGUGGGUGUCGGCAGAAGCUGCAGACGUCCCUCUGCACAUAGUGUUGUUUCGAAAAUGUGUUUAACUGUGUCCCUUUCCCUUCAGGAAGGGUUAACGUUUGUUUGGGAAUGUGAUUUUGCUCCCACCCUAAGGAAUUUUUAUCACCAAAAUGAAUGUUAAUGAAUUUUAAACCCAUGGUUUAUCAUUGGCAAGAGGCAAGUUGACUUCAUCCACAUUCCUGUAACCUGGGGUGGUCUGGGGCAUCAGCUGGGCCACCCCCCACCUUCUGAGCUCUCACUCUUGCUAACCCAAGCUGCUGCUCCAGGUGCCAAAUGGAGACCUUCCGUGGGGCUUCUGAAUGAAAUGCGGGGUGCUGCUCCGUGAGUGCCUCUUUCCCACAGGAUUUAUGUAUUAUCGAAUGAGGCCGGGGUGGGGUGGACUGUGUACUUGGGCAUUUCUAGACCCAUGUUUUUAAUGGAAGGACAGGGAUCGCCUGUCUCGCCCCUCCUUCCACAGAGCCAAGUGCCCCCUCCCAUCUUGUCCCUGAGCUGUAGGCCCACAGGUGGCAGUGGCCCUGCUCGAAGGUGCCUCUUGCUUCAGAUGUGGCCAGUGCCAGAGAGGCUGCCCAUACAGCCAGAGUCAGUUUGACCCCAAAUGGAUUUAGAAACCAAAUGUGUGUUUUGACUGUCUCCUGUGUGUCUCUCUUAUUUUAAUACCAAAUUUACCAUGUGUUGUGAAAUUCAUGCCAGUGGGUACUGUUUGGGUGACUGAAUCCUUAACUAGCUUGCUCGUUUGAAGUGGUUACCUGUGUUUGCUGGCAAUACUCAUACGCUGAAAUGAACUCCUGACCAUAGUGUUCAAUAGGAUUCUCACUACCCAGGUCACUGCUGGAGAAGAGAGCCUUCCUGUGCCUGGGCUUCCUGCCCAGGGAACCCCAAGGCUCAACAUCAGCUGCCUCCCUCAGGUAGGAGGUCUGUGAACCCCAGGUUGGGCUCUGGGAGGGUGACAUGUUGGGUUGGUCUCCUGGUAGAUAGUUGGUGACUCUGGAAACAUAUGUGUGUAUUGCACGCACGUGUGUGUGUGUGUGCGCGCGCGCGCAUGCAUGCUGGGAAUGGACCCAGAGCCUUGGGCUUGUGUGGCAAGUGCCCUACUACACCUGGGUUUGGGCCUCUGGUGCCAUGUCCACUGACAGUGUUAACUCUGGGUAGUGGUCCUGGAGUGUUCUCAGAAGUACCGUGCCUGACAGAGAGGGCUGGCUUCACUUAGUGGGUGUCACAGAGAGCGUGGCCUCUAAAGGAGCUGAGUGGCCUGUUCCUGGUACCUAGCCUGCUACCUUGGGAUGAAGUUCCUACCAUGUGGAACCUCAUACUGUGAGUACCCCUUUUCAAACACAUCCAGGUGAAAAAAAUCCAUUUACCAAGGAGCAUAAUGUGUGCAGAUGCUCACUCUCCGUUUGGCCAGGGCCAGGGCCUCUCCAACAAGCCUCCACCUGGGCACCUCCCUGAGGCCUGAGGCGGCAGGAGCCCAGCAAGGCUGUCGUGGUGAGUGCUCUACUCUGCCAGCCUCAGGCAGCCUUGCUGCUGGAAGGGGCCCCUGGAGAGAAGCAUGCUUGAUCCCUUUCCAAGCUUUGCUGUUUGUAGAUCCUAGAGAUGUGUGAGUCUGGGGAGCUGAGUGAGCGUCACUCACCGCCUAGUGUGGCAGCUUACUGCAGGCUUACAAAGAGCUGGGGAGUGGGGUUCUCAAAGAUUGAGAUUACAGCCGGUCAACUUGGCGUUCAUGUCCUGUUAGUGAGCUAAUUACCUUUGGGUACUCACUCAGUUCUAAAAACCAGGAAUUCAGAAUAGUUCCUCCCUGGGUCCCGAGUGCACGAAGGUGAACUGACUAGAGUUCAGCUGCUCUGCGGAGUUCUCGACCUUCAAACGGGGCUCGCGUCUGAGUGACCAAUUCUUCAGCUCUCCCCUUUCCCAGACUCCUUAGACAGCUGAAGGAGAGGCACUGGCUCUUUGCCCCUCGGGGCCAGCAGCAUCGUCUUGGCUAGGAAGGGCACAUACCAUCUGUGGCCUGACCCCGUGGGCUUCCCACCAAGAAAGACUGGCGAGCAGUGGAACGGCCAUGCGCAGGGGCUCCUUCCUUGUAGCUCUGGCCUGUUGUGCCCCCAGGCUGCUGCACCAUCAAACAUGGAGGGAGGAGGGGUACGGCAGGCAGGCCAGACUCGGGUUGCUAUGGGCCUCCCCCCUGCCCACAGUGGUAUCUGGAGCCGCUGCUGCCAGCCAGAGGACAGGGCAGCCUUGUGUGCAGCUGUGGCCAGGACGUUCACUGUAAAUGAGGGUACUUCCCUCCACUGCCCACUGUCCAUCAGGCAGGUUCCAACUCUGGUAAUUCAACUCUUGGGAAAACAGAAUCCUGAAAUUUCUACGUGAGUACUGGGGUGCUAGUCAACUAGAUUAAACUUUGGUUCUUAAUUUGAAGGUGCCUCCUCUUCCAUGCUCUCGGUGGGCGUGGUUGACCUCACGUGAAGGGAGCUGAGCCACACACCACUUUCUUACGUUAGUCCAGGAAAUGUGUGCAGGUGUUCAGUGCAGAACCUCACACUGGUAGGAACACUGUGAAAAGUCACCUUGCCAUCCCCAGCUCUGUACAGCUGAAGGACUGGCUUUUCCAAGUCUAGGAAAACAUGGCAGGUCCAAACGCAUUUCCCUUAAGAAAUGAAGCAACAGGACUUGAAGUUAAAUAGGGACUACGAACUUCUGCCCUCCAGUUAUUUGGGUUAAGGAGCAAACCAAGUAGGUGCUGAGUGACUGAGCCUGUGUCCUGGCUAGUUAAAACACACACAGGCACCUCUGUCCUUCUCUGAAGGCUGCCAGGGAUCUGUGCCACAGUCACUGCCUGGACCAGGGGAUGAGGUCUCCCAGGGGUGAACCCAGGCAGGUUAAUUGGUACAUCGUACACACCUUGCUCCCUGGACUAAAGAGCAGGCCAGAGAGGGCUGACUUCUUACAACACACUGUGUAGCCUGAACUCCCUGGGAGCUUGGUACAACCCUCCUUGCUCUGACCCAAGAUGUGCUUUUCUUGUGAGGGGCUGGUGGCUGGUUUAGGCACUGGAAGUACCAGUGUGCCCUCUCUCACUGGGGGGUCAGGCUCUUUCCUGGGCUGUUUGCUUCCAUUCUGGGCCUAGGCUUGUGGUGCUUCUGUGCAACAAGGCCAGCUGGGUAAGUUGUAGGCUAGCCCAGAAUUAGGAGGAAUUUAGAGAUGUAGAGGGAAGUGAUUGUGGGGGGAUUGGGGAGUUUUUCUCCUACAAAUUUAUCAAUGAGCAACCUACUCAGUGGAUUUUUAUACCUCAGGGCCAUUUACUUUUGUGUUUGAGUGGCUGAUGGGAAGAUGAACUCAUCGAGGUUCAUUCACUUGCUUAUGUGAGGGACGAAUGGUGUUAGAAGGCUGAGCCUGCUGUAGGCUGGGCUCAAGCCUGGGGUGAGCAGACCUUCCUCCAGCCGAGUUGAUGCUGAUUCACUGGUUUUCCUUCUGGGGAGUCCUGUUACCCUCCCCCCAGGCCCACCCCAGUCAGGCAGAGGGAGCAGUCCUUCACAGCAGCUAAAGUCAGCAGCUGGGGACCUUUGUUUCUUGGUUCCCUGUGACUGACAGGGCUUGGGCAACCCUUUUAAACUAGAGCCAUUGAGACAUCUCAACUGUGAUUGUGUUAAAUGCCUUUUGAUGGGGGAUGCCAGGCGGUACUUGAAGCACUAUCAAAAUGGCAGGUUCUAGAGUCGGGUUCUAGGUGCUUGUACGUACACAGCCCUUAACAUGCAGCAGGAGAGCUGUGGGUCAACAAUGACCUCAGAUAAGGAUGACUCGGGUACUGUCUGGCCUCAUUUGGAAAAGCACCAGAUUCUCAUGUUGCUCACAUCUGAUCCACAUGGAUUUGCUUAAGGGGUUGGAUUCUUCCAGAAUCACUCUAAAGAGAACUAUCAAAAGGGCCUAACAGACCUGAGUGCCUGCUCUUCCCGGAGACUCCAGUUUCUUACAUACAUACAGCUGGGUCCCAGGACCCUAGAACAGAGGGAAGUAGAGAAGAAUGAGUCUUUGGACUCAUUCCCUAGACAGCCCCUGCCUAGCUUCUGAUUCACUACUACCCAUGUCUGGUCUACUGUGAAGAGUCUAUCAAUUCAUUGACUUAUUUUUGCAGUCCUUUAAAUCCACAAAUGUAUAUGCUUUAUUUUAUAUUAUUUAUUAUGUACAUAUGUCUAUUCUGUUAGUAUGUCUUCUGUGACUAAGACACUCUGUUCUGAAGCCCCUCAUCCAUGGAACCUAGGGUUCUGUUGUCCCUUAUGGGUGAGAGGACGGUGGUAUUUUUUUUUAAAGGAAAAAAACCCUGUAUUGCUGCUCGUCCUCCAGCUUCUUUCAUUGCCCUACCCCAACUCAUUCCUGAUGGCCAGUAUUUGAGAGGUAGGUGGCAGCAGAUCUUCUCAAGUCUUCAUGAGUUACUGCAGAAGUGGCCCUGUGUGGUGGCAGCAUGUGGCUCCUUCCUCAUCACUACCCAAGCCAGAUCAAUUUCCUGGUCCCUAAAUGAUGGUCUCCACUUCUCACCUACCAUUGCAGAACCUAUCUAUCAUGGAAGCUGCCUGCCUGUCUAGGCUUUGAACAGCCUCUUCCUGGUGUUGUGGCCCAGUUACCAACAUUGCCUUGGGCCUAAAGCAAGCCCUGCUUUGCCUGGUGUUUCCACCCUCCUUAGCUGUACCCGCUGUAUCAUGGUGUCCAUGUCGUGCAUUUGAGCAGUGGCAUAAAUGGGAAGCUGAACCAGCACAGGUCAUGUGCACAGGCGGCACGAGCCGACUGUCACUAUGGAUGCGUUUAUAACUCAAAUGUUGUAGAUUUACAAUACCUAUUUAUUUUGUACCAAUUUAUUUGUAAAUCUUGUGAUUGUUUUUAAAAGGUUUUGUUUAUUUCUAUUAUUCUAUUUAGAUAAAUGAUUUUCUGUUCACCCUUCUA